AUGGAAGAAAAGCCGACCUUUUCGACAGCGGCUCGGCCGAGUCUCAUCCGAGCAAGGGCAUCUGAGGAGCAAGUGUACGCACAGCGAAUCGAUUUCAAGUCCAGAAAACAUAGCGGAAACUCGUUCUACACUUUCAGCACUCUCGGCCCGCUGUCGUCAUUCUUGGGGGCGCCCUAUCACCCAUCCGGGGAAGACCAACAAUCUGUGGAAUAUGUUGAAAAUGCACCUAACGGCGAUGCCUUCGUUCACCUGCGGACAUAUGUCCCAGGGGCUAGCAGCCCCAUUAGACACGAUGUGAGAACUCUAGAAGAGCUCGAAACGUCCUUAGACCAAAUAAACUCCUGCCGCGUUGGUGGCACCAUCGUGUUUUUAAGGGGCUAUCAGCCGGCACGAUGGCUGAAUGUCAUUGGGCAUAAGCUUUCUCUCGAGCCAGAGUUCUACCGUCGACAUCUUCAUUUCUCUGCCGCGAGCCCCUUUUCUCAGGAACAACAGUAUUCAGAUGCGUCUUUACCGUCAUCCAAGACCCAAAUGAUGCAGUUGAAACUUACAACGCUGGGUACACGAUUCGCUCACAACAACAUCAAGCGAUCGGAACAAGAAGAACAAAGAAGGCUUUCAAGUCUACGAGAGCAGAUUUCCAGUCUUAUGAAGCAAUAUCUUAAGAGCUGGGACCGAUAUGGGCCUGAACUUGAGCAUGGAAUGUCAAUGGCUAGAAACUUCUUUGUGCUUGAUCGCCAGCAUGUUUCAUUGGAACAGACGAUAUCAAUUUGUGUGACGGACAGGCAGAACGAUUCCAAACAUUGGACUGGUCCCUGGAACUCGAAGCUUUUGGAAUACACAGGCAUGCCUGUUAGGUAUUGGGCUACGACACAACAUCGACCUGGGAUUUUUUUCGCCGACGACAAGACUUUGGGAGGCUCGCGACCAUGCUAUCAACAAACAGACGACGAUGAAAGCUUUAUAACACAGCCAGCAACUUUCAAGCUAUUACAUGAGGCCUUCGACACACUUCUUGAUUGCGAUACAAUGCUAGAGGAUACUUAUUACAGCCUGAGCGGUAUUUUCAGAUUUGCAGUGGCUUCCGAAGCGCAAUUUCUGGACAAGUUGCAGCAUCUUCUCGAAGAGGACAUGCAGCCCGCAGUUCUUGCCGAGACAGAGUUCGACAAAAGACUGACAAUGUGGAAUUUGGUGCACAACAAGCAGAUCCUCGAUCGACAUGUGCAAAGCCUGGAAGAAAUAUGCGAAUUUCUGGAGGCGAAAGACAGUAAUAAUUGGACCACGGCCAAAUCGGAGAGUGGGUUGAGGAAAGCCGACAUGUCACAUCGGCUGAUUGAACGCGACUACCAAAAGAUGAAGCGCCGGGCUAUCAGGCUGAGUGAGGAUUACUUGCAAAGUACCUCGAUGCUGGCAAAUGCGGCUAUGAUUGAUGAUUCUCAAAGAACCAUCUACCAGGGAGAAACCGUGCGGAAAUUGUCGACCCUUGGUUUCUUCUUUUUACCACUUUCAUUCUCAACAUCGAUAUUUGGCAUGAAUCUACAAGAGUUGAAUGAAGGUAGCUAUGCGAAGCUUGGUAUUUGGAUAGGCAUUGCUGCGGCAUCUCUCCUUCUCGCCUAUCUGAUGCUUCGAUGGUCUUUCCAUCGCCAGAUGAUGGUCGUAGCUUGGCGAAGGUUAAGAGCCGUACAACAGAACCAGAGUGACGUUUAG